AUGGACGAGAAAGAGAAGGAGCUAAUUGCGACCACCUCAGGUAGCUUAGGCUUCGCCUCUCUAAGACUCCCUUUUGGCCGCGCGGAUACUUCCUCGUCCAUCGAGAAUCGAUCAAUAAACAUUGAUAGGUCGUCGCUCGAGACAUUCGGAGGAGCCAGAACAUUCACUUCUGUUGCAGAGUGGGAACAGUCACUCAAUGAUCCCAUGACGUGGGGUGUCAUAGAGCGAGAACAACCGCAGAAGCUCUUCGAUGUGAUUGCGCAACUUCCAGGUUGGGAGUGGGUUCUUGAGACUGUCGAUACAAUAGCAAAUUCCGCACCUAUUCUCGCCCCAUUGCCAGCAGUUUCCCGAAGUCGAUACUUCUCAGAAGACACGUCUAUAGCCGGCGUUGUUUCGGAAGACACGACCUUUUUGUUCUUUCAAGAUCACGAUGGCUGGAUUAGGUGGGGUAUGUACACAUUGGGCAGCUCUGCUGAGUGUGUCUUCCCCGAGCCUAUUGUGCAAGCACAGCCAUCGACGCCCUUAGCAGGCUGCAUCUACGAAAAAUCAUUCUGCUCAGGUGACGGUAGCUUAGAUGAUAGGAACUCAGAUCACGGCAACCCAGAUGACGACAUUUCAAUUUACAAGCAGAUCCAUCUCUUUUAUAUCAAUGAGACUGGGGUUAUGGCUGAUCAAAUCAUCACAAUCAGCCUCACAGAGUUUGAUGGAGAGCUUUAUCCAGAGCUAAAAUCGCCAUGGACACCCGGGACUAUCCAUGAACUCGGGCUUGAGAUACCUCUUGCAACCAAGUUCGCCGCCAGUUGCUCCUACAACAACGAUUCCGCUAUCGUCGUCGUUUUCGAACAGCCCUCAUUGUCCAAGUCCAGUAGCUCUCAUAUCGUCGAAGCGAUGCGCCGGAGAAAUGAGCCUUGGAAGGUCCUACCACGUCCAGCUCACCACCUUGAGGGAGUCCCAGGGGGUCCGCUCCAUGUGACUUACAGUGACUCAGCGUACUUUGCAAUUUUAUACCAAUCUGCGACAACCGGUGAGCUUUCCUGGUGCCUAGCCGAUCCAAACCUUGAAAAUCCAUACCUCGUUAAAGCAACGCUCAUGCCACCGUCGCACCUUCCCGACGAUGAAGCCAACGGAAGCGGCGGGAUGCGUAUCUGCUUUGGGGCAAACCUCCGUGCAUAUGACGAAAGUCUUUACGUGGCGAUGCGUGAUGAGGACAACACGGUAGACGUGCGGCAUUGGAUCUUUGAAGAAGAUGCAGGACGGUCGAUUAGAACACUGCACAAAAUUUGCGCGACGCGACCACGGACAAACUUCUGCCUUAUACGCGUGAGGAAGAAGAGCCUUCUGAUCGUAUAUAUCACACCAGACGGGCAGAUGGAACUGGCAUUACUUAAUGCCAGCGGUCCUCCGCUCCCCGCUGCGAAAAUACCGAGGUGGUCCAUCUUUCAGGACUCGUGUGCUCGGAGCAUGCAGGGGUUGGCCUUUGAUGAUGAUGACGACGACGAUGAUGACGAUGAGUUUGAAGGUUAA